UGGAAGGAUGAAACCCUAGAUCCAGAGUUUGAGGAUCAGAACAAUCGUUUCUUCUGUGCGUUUAAGAUGUUAGUGGACGAGGCUACAAGCAAUGGUGAAGGUACAGAGAGUAAUCAGCCAAAUUUUUUAGUGAAAUUUGAUACACUCAAUAGUUGCGGUGGAGGAGGUGGUGCUAUGGCUGAUUCUGCCAAUGCAAGUUCCAGAGAUAACAAGAGCUUACAAAUUUACAAACGGAGAAAACUUGGAAGAUCGGUUUCUGGGAAUAAAUGUAAAGAAGAUGAGAGAGUUUCUACGGAAGGUGUUAGCCACUCAGGAAGCCGGGAGUCUGUCGCUUGUGAAUUAAACAAUCAAAGGUUCAGCAUAGGAACUCGUCUUACUGGUGAACUCCUUGAGAUUUCCAAUCCAAAUCCAUCAAUCGAACCCAAGUAUGAGACUGCAACAGCCGGUUGCCAGAGUGUUCUGUCUCAAGUGUUAGCUUCAAAGGAGUUUGCAUCCCUAAGUAAGUUGCUUUCUGAAAAUUUUCAAGGGGUCAAGAUUGAAGACCUUACGUGCAGAACUCUGAUAGACACCAGGAUGAAAGAGGGUGCUUAUGAAGGUUCACCUGUGCUGUUUUCAACGGAUCUCCUAGAGGUCUGGCAGAAAAUACAGGAUGUUAGUAAUGAUAUGGCUGUUCUUGCUAAUAGUCUCCUAGAGAUUUCAAGGGCCUCCUGUACCGAACAGUUGAGACAGUUCUACGCUGAGGAAUCAAAGCCUUAUCCGAAUCUAGAGAUCAUCAGUAACGACAGUGCUUAUGACAUGUGCAAGCUGUGUGGAGAGAAGGCAGCGGUGAGAGACUGUUUAGCAUGUGAUCAUUGCGAAGAUGUGUACCAUGUCUCAUGUGCACAUCCUGGUGGGAAAGGGAUGUCGACGAAUAGUUGGUACUGUCAACACUGCUCAGCUAAUGGAAUCGGGUCACCUCACGAGAGUUGCGUAGUGUGUGAAAGAAUGAAAACCGAAAGUAAGAUGAAGACAGAUAACGGAUGUGUUGAAACGAGUACAGAAUGUAGAGAAGAUUCGAACGAAUCUGAAGAGAAUUCAAGCUGUAACGUGAAUCAUGGAGGUGACCACGUAGAGAUGAAGAGAGACUCCGAAAUCUGUAGGACAUGUGGAACGAAAGUGGAGAAUGGCGGCGGCGGAAAGUUCAUAACAUGUGAUCACCCUUUUUGCCCACACAAGUAUUACCACAUCAGGUGUCUGACUUCAAGGCAAAUAAAACUACACGGUGCUCGUUGGUAUUGCUCGUCGUGCCUAUGCAGAAAUUGUCUAACCGACAAGGAUGAUGAUAAGAUUGUGCUGUGUGAUGGGUGUGAUGAUGCGUAUCACAUCUAUUGCAUGAGCCCUCCAUGUGCGUCGAUUCCAGAUGGAGAAUGGUUCUGCAAAACUUGUAAAGCUGCAAUUCAGAAAGUCCGCAAAGUGAGGAAGGCUUUUGAGAAGAAGAUGGAGACGUUGCAGAAACAAAAAGGAAGUAAAACUGGGAACCUCGAGAGCAAACGGCCAAGUAAAGGCAAUAGAGAAUUGGAUAAAUGCGUAGGAGGAGUCGACAUGCUUCUUAACGCAGCUGACACUCUGAAAGAUCAAGAACAGAUGACAUUCCAAUCUAUCAAAUGA